CCCCCCGCCGCCUCAACGGCUCCCGGGGCAGCGCCCGCCCCCUCAGCCCCCCUCCAGCUGCGGGCGGCGCGGAGCCCGCCUCUGCCCCCGCGCCCUCGCCAGCAGCCCGGGGAGCAGCCGCCGCGGCAGCCGGGCAUCAUCAGCAGGGUUUGAACUGAGAAACUUCAGCACCAAACCAGAGAUCUUGGCCACUUGAUCCGAAGGAGUAACUCCAUCAGCUGGGAGCAGUAGCAGGCAGUUAUCCUCUGUGGAUCAGCUACAGAGGGGGAGGAAUGUGAAACACACUGAACAAUGGGUGUUCAACCCUGUUGUACUGUGAACAUGAGCUGAGAUGUGUCCCGCCCCCUUAGCAAGUGGAUGUCUUUGUGAACUCCAUUUCUUCUCCAGUGCAUUUGGUUACAUUAUGCUCCAGUGUCUCAGGAGUCUGUCGUGUUGCUGAAGACGUGUCCUGCACAGGACCCCAGUGGAGAACUGCUUGAAACCAGGCCCCUCCAUGUUGGCACAACAAUUCCUGCUCUUCUGCUGAGGCAUCCCGGAUGUCUUCCCUUUGUGUGCUGGAUUACUGGGCAGUAGCGUUAAAGGAUGGCUAUGUAGCUUCUUGACCACAAAGCUGGCAGGCGGCACCCUCCCCUCCCACCUCUUCCUCACCUAGGAUUUAUAGUUUGUUUCUUUCUUUUCUUUUUUAAUUUCUAAAGUAGGUUUUAAAAGAUUAAACAUUUUUCAAAAACAGCUCUCAAAAAUGACAAGCCUGUUCCGGCGGAGCAGCAGCAAUGGCAGCUCAAGGAACAGCUCUUCCGCCCAGGAACUCAACAACAGCCGGCCCACCAGGCAGGUGCGACGGCUGGAGUUCAACCAGGCCAUGGAGGAUUUCAAGACUAUGUUCCCCAAUAUGGAUUAUGACAUUAUUGAAUGUGUUUUGAGGGCUAACAAUGGAGCUGUGGAUGCCACCAUUGACCAGCUCUUACAGAUGAAUUUAGACGGCAGCGGUUAUGAUGACAGCUCGGACUCAGAUGACAGUAUUCCCCCAGAGAUUUUGGAGCGGACGCUGGAACCAGACAGUUCGGAUGAAGAGCCUCCUCCUGUCUACUCACCCCCUGCCUAUGAUAUGCAUGUCUUUGACCGGCAGUAUCCACAAGCUCCACCGAGCCCCCCUCCCAGGAUUGAUGUACCCAAUUCGAGUGGCCCUCAGGUGCACAGACGGUACAGGAACUGGAAUCCACCAUUACUAGGCAACCUUCCUGAUGAUUUCCUUCGCAUUCUACCCCAGCAGAUGGACAGUGUGCAGAGUUCACAAAGUUGCCAUCAGACUGUGCCGGGCGAGGGCAGCCAGAGAUCCCAGGGCACGUUGGACCAAGAGAGGAAGUGGAAACAGUACCUGGAAGAUGAGCGAAUUGCGCUCUUCUUACAGAACGAAGAGUUCAUGAAGGAGCUCCAGAGGAACCGGGAUUUUCUCCUGGCCCUUGAGAGAGAUCGACUGAAGUAUGAGUCAAAAAAAUCCAAGUCGACCAGUGUUGCCGUCAGUAACGAUUUCAGCUUUUCUUCUAUACAACCAGGUGACAUAGCCCCUGUAACCAGCGAGGCCAGCAGUGCUGUGUCUGAAGAUGCCUUAUUCAGGGACAAAUUGAAACACAUGGGAAAAUCUACACGCAAGAAGCUGUUUGAACUUGCCAGGGCUUUCUCAGAGAAGACCAAGAUGAAGAAGUCAAAAAGAAAACACUUACUGAAGCAUCAGGUGAUGGGGACAGCAGCUUCCACAGCUAAUCUUCUCGAUGACGUUGAAGGACACUCGUGCGGACAGCACAUCAGCAGUGGCCUCUUCCCCGACCCAGGAAAAGCACCACAAGGGAUGAGGAUUUCCAAGCAAGAAGGCAGCAGCUACACGAGGAAGAGGAGAGGCCGAAAGAAGGACAAUAAAUGAUCCCAGAUCCAUUGCCUGAACCGGGCUUUAUUUGUUAAAGUCUUAAGAAGAAGAUGGCUGCAAAGAAAAAAACAAUUUCUUUGGCUCCCCCCACUAUCAUCCUCUUCUGAAGUACAAGUAUUAAAGUGAGGCACAAUUUUCUCUUCCCAGCGGGUUUGAAAACACCUCUUUCCUAUCCAGCAAAUCCAGCCAAAAAUCAGCAGCUGAUCUGAAUUUUUCUCAGUAACUGCAGUGAAGAUAACGGAUUUCAAGCUUGUGGGAAUAAUGGCCUAUCCCCCACCCUCUUUGAUAUAAACAUGGUUUGGAUAUGAAUUAAAAACAAUAAUAACAAUACAUUGAACAGCUGGGCUCUGGCUUGCCCAUUUUUAAACAUAUCACUGUAGCAAUCUGAUGUAACUUUACGCACAUAAAAAAAGACCUGAAAAAUGUUGUUUAUUGUUAUUGUUACUAAGAGUUAAUAAGCCAGGAUCCAGAUCAGGUAAUAGGCAGGAUAAUAUAAAUUGUCUUUUUAAAAAGAAACGGCCUUCUCCUGGGCAUCUCACAUUGAAUUAAACCUUUGCCUCAGGCAUUGAUAAAAAUGCCUUGAACUAGACACCAAGCUGGGGCCAGUUUCUCCUCCAAUGUACCACUUUCUCUAGCUUUGUGCUGCUGCUCUUGUGAUAUUAUGGUACCUUUACAGAGCAGGAAUGGGGGGUAGGGGAAGGCUGAAUUUCAAAGCUGUUUAGUUCUCACUGCUGAUCUCUGAAUUAGAACAUAUCCCACGGGUUCUCAUUUGGAUUGUUCAUGACAGUUGGCUGCUCCCUAUGUAGCAGGCAAUGAGUUUUGGCGGUGUAGAAACACUUACCAGAUUAGAUGGGAGGGGAUUGUAGAUGGGGGCCUUAUUUGAUUCACCUCUGAGUUUGCACAUCAUAGGCUAAAUCCUGCUUAAUGUGAGUCUCACAGUUGACUUCAGGGGGAUCAGAAUUUGGCCUCAAGUUGAGACAUGAGUGGGUUUUCUCUAGCUGAGCCCACAUGGGCUAUGGGCACAGACCUGAGAGCAGUUCUCAUAACCUGAAAUGAAGAGGAGAUUGGUUCAGAGCUCGCCGAUCAAUGUGAGGAUGACAUCCCUCCUCCAGGAGAGCGCUUGGAAUCUGUUGGAACAUUGUAGAGAUUAAAAGUAAUGCUCAAAUCACUGGAAUUGAAAUGGACACUGUCAGGCUAAAAAAAAUAAUUGAAAAUGAAUUCCUUCCCUAUGCUACUAACAGCAGUGUCAAUAACUGAAAUAACUCCCCCCAAGCAAUUUUUCUUUUCUGCAUCAAUACUGUCUAUUUACUUCUCAGCUUGGGCAGAGAGAAUAGACUAGUCCGUCUCACUUUCUGGGUCCCAUGCAAUAGCACAAGCGCUGCAACGUUUGGGUUGCAAAAGCAGCAGGAAGACGCACCGAUCCAAGCAAUCAGUCCAACAAAAACCUGUUUUCAUUGCCUUUCUAUUAGGCUUUGUAACAAAAGCCCACAUUGCAGGCUUAAACUCCCUGACAGGCUCCUUUCAAAAUCUGCUGGAGAAUCUGUAUGCCUUUGAAGCGUGUGCCAAGACUGAUUCUUUUUAAAAGUUGCUGAGCAUGAGGCUCUUGUUCCAUGCACCUGGCAUUCAAUCAAGCUACUCAAUGGAAACACGAAGGCAGUGGUGGGUUUCCUCGUCUGGGCCUGAGUAAUUUGAUACACUGUUCAGAACUAGUAGGGAUGAGCAAGAGUGGAUUCAGGCACACACAGCGCUUCCUUUCAGUGCAGAAGGACUUUGAGUCUGUGUGGCAUGGAGUUUCAAGAGGUUCCUGAUGAAAGGGUCCAUGUGUCUAUUGCUGAAGUGACACGUCCUCCUGGCAGAACGUGAUUUGGAUACUACACUAACACCUCAACUGUCGCUAUAGUGCCCACGACCUCCCAGUGAGAACAUGAGCUGCUACAAACCCCGAACAGUACAGUGGGCAAGUGCAUGCAGGCUUGAAUCGGGAUGUGGACAGCAGCCAUGCCUUGGGAUCCCAGCAACUUUUGAGGUUCUCAAACACUAAAGAUCCUCUAAAGACUCAAAUCCCCCCCAUCCCCACCCAGAGCCUGUUUUUGGUGUCUGUUCCUUUAAAAAAAUAAAAGGGAGAGGAGCAUCAAUGAGUCUUUUGGUAAAACCUCCUGAGUGGCAGGAGAAAUUUGCCUGCUCCAGGGACUAGAACAGUUUCAAGUGAGGUCAUCCGUGCUCAGACAAGAAUUCAGUGGCUUGGAAGCUUCUGCAGCACGCAGGAUAUGAGGUUCCUGGAAUAUGCUUUCGAGGCUGUUCAGAGAAAGGAAGCGACUAAGGGCCUGAUAUUGAGAGCUGCCAGGCACCCACUGGCCCCUUUGAAGUCAGUGGGCGCUAUAUUGCUCAGCAUCACUCAGGGUAAGGCCCCAAGUGUGUGUGUGUGUGUGUGUGUGUGUACAUGUACAUACGUAUUGGUUGCUAAGGGUGAAGCUGGAGCACUACCACUGGAAACAGAGGGGCUUUUGGAGGAGGAGGGACUUUUAUCCCCAGCCUUAGAAUUGGAAGGUCUGUUUCUCCCUCACCCCCCUUUUCCUAUCCUCAGUUGGCUCCUACUUUAAUAAGUGCUUGGCUGUUUCUCCCUCUUCUAAAGCAGCUCUGCAUAUUUGGAAGAAAAUCAAGCUUGGAAUCAGAUCAGCUUGUAAAAGUUCCAACUCCUCUUGGCUACUGAGGGCUUAACUUUGAGAUAAGUUUCCAUGAAUGCAAAAAGGCACCAGUGGCCGAACAAACAGAAGCUCAGACUCCUGCUGGUAGGAAACUGCUGCCUGUCCCAGCAGAAACUUAUUUUUAUAAGACCUCUUGGUCUCCAGGAAGUGCUUUGUGGAUUGGGAGGAGAGGGGAAAAAUACAAAUGCACCUGUCCCUGAGGACACACGUGUUGUAUGUCAGCAGCUGCCCUGCUGCUAAAUUAGUGCUAGGCUUAUUGAAAUCUUUUACUCCUUGGUCUCUCUCUAGAAAUCAGGUUGUUAUAGCACAACCUUAUGGAGUCAUGUUAACUAACAAUGUGUUAACAGUCACUAUAGACAAGGACAAGGUGUGCUUAACAUUUCAUCAUCUAGUCAUGGGUAAAUCCGACUAGAACCAUAGGGUUAACCACGGCCAGCUGACACAAUGCCUAGCACAACUUCUACCUCUCUAUGCUGACUUCUAAGACAUCGUGUUAGUUAACAUAGCUCCCCAAGGUCGUCAUCUUAAUGCAAUCUCAGGCUAUAUCUACACUUAAAAGCCUGCAGGGGCACAGCUGCGGCACAGCUGGAGACUAGCCCAGAGGCGGCUUGUUGCCACAUUGUUCUAUUAGGGCCAAUCUGGAGAUGUACUGAACACAUCUGUGAGGUGCUGAGCACCCUCUAUUCCAGUGGUUCUCAACCUGUGGUCGGGUCUUCAGACUGUGUCUAAGGGGUCCGCGAAAGACUUAGACUGAAAACUAUAUAUACACACAAUAGAUUUCCAAAGGGGUCUGCACCUCCAUUCAAAAUUGUUUAGGGAUCUGUAAGGUUGAGAACCACUGCUCUACUCUCUUCAAAGUCAGUUGGAGGUUUGAGUGCUCAGAACCCACCCUCCCCCCCCAGGACAGAGCCCAUACUGAGAUGUGACACUCCCCUGACCCACAUUGUAGGCAUAUAAAAAGCCAGACAGAGUAAAGAGUAUUUGGUGGUUUUUAGAAACUUAGCAUUGUAGUGAAUGGAAGGAGAAUAAUAUUGUUACAGGACUUCCUUGAACUGCAUUUGAUAUGCGGAGGGGGGGGUUUCACAUCUUUCUGGCUUUGUUUAGACUAGGAUCUAAAGGUAGAUGUGGUGUUAUCAUGUGGUAGCUAACAAGUGCUAGCUACUAAAUGUCUAGUGUAGACAAGGCAGUGUAUAUGUUAACUUGCAUAAUUUAGCAUGUGUUAACAGAAUACACUGCCUUGCCUAUGCAGGUCUUUUAGGACGUGCUAGCUAAUGUGUUCUAACAAUGCACCUUUAGAUCCUAGUCGUGACGCAGUCGUUCUGAAUGAUGUAACCCUGUAGCCAUUUCCAAAUGUCCCGGGGGCGCCAAAUACCAUUGUAAUGGAGGAGAAAGGGUGAUUUUUUUUUUGUUUUCCUUUUUAAAAAUUCAGGUCUAACAAGUGGAAAGGCCACAAAGACAGGCUUGACAGCUGAAAUGCAUUUCUUCUAGAAAAAUGUACAAUACUCAGUGAUGUUUGUAUCGCUUCUAUACAAAAUGGUUUAAAAACCAAAAAAGACUUGUGACGUUUGUGAGUGUUGCUAUUUUAGAACUUAUUUCUAUAAGUAUUUUUUUCUUAAAGAUGUUUAAUAGUAAUUCAUAUAAUAAAGUCAUGUCGUACUCUUAA